AGAUUUAGCUUAGGAAGUGUCCUGACAACAACGCAUCCAUUGGUCUGACAAAAAGCUGCUACGCUAACUUACUGUGCUCCUGUUCGUACAGUACAACCAUUUCCAAGCGCCCAAUCUAACCCACACCCACCACCUCCACCUCAAUCGAAUGUGAAUCACACGAUACCGGUAAUUCAACUCCCCCCAACCGAGGUGUCGCCCUUCUUCAAACACGCCAAACGGGCAAAUGGAUGCAGAGAAUUGAACGAGAGCUAGUAUCACUCAGGUAUCAUAAUAAGAUAGGAAUAUCACCCUACGCCACCGCAUCCGGGUACUAGUACGGUACCGGCACAUCCAUACGGCCCCGGACAGACCGGAAGCCUAAGUUUGACGGGCUCCAUCCACCCCGUCCAUCCAGCACAGCACAGCUCACCAAUUCUAUGCUCCCUGGGUACAGCUAACCCGCAGCUUGGUUGGGCUCAACACGAAAACCUUUCCCAACAUAUAAACCCGGCGUCAACCAGACCAUCUCAUCCCCCCCCCCGCCACUUGUCUCCAGUUUCGACACAACAGAAAAAGGUUCCCGCCUUGCGAAACCGCAAAACGAAGAUCCCCGCCCCAUUAGACGACCCGGCCAAAGCGCCACAAACCCUGCAAAAUGUCGACAAUAUCCUCAGCACUAACCUGGACCCUCCAACGCCUCUCCAAUAGCUCCCCACCGCCUCCAAACGGACCACCGCUCUCCGAGAAACCACCGACAAGAACCCCAACGCCCCUCCUCCCCCUCCAGCCCCCACCGCUCUCGCCGGUAACCCUAACCGGGUACUCCCCGAGCACAAGCACACAACUAAUGAGCCCGGCCCUGGCUGAGGAAAUCCGCCUGCUGCUACCGCCGCUCCUGCAACUGCACGAGACCUGGUCGCUACGUUACUCGCUGGAGCAGCACGGGGUCAGUCUAUCCACCCUCUAUGACAGGACAGGUACGGCCACGGCGGGUGCGGCGGCCGGAGGGGGCCACGUGCUCGUCGUCCGGGAUUCAGCCGGCGGGGUAAGUUCUCGCGCCCGCGGGGCAAACUGGUGGCUAACGCGCGGGGGGAAUAGAUUUUUGGCGCCUUCCUGAAUGAGCCUCCUAAGCCAACUGGUCGAUACAUCGGCACGGGGGAGUGCUUCCUGUGGAAGUCCUCUCAAGCACCGCUCAGGUUCUGGGCUUUUCCGUACAGUGGGAUUAAUGAGUACUUGAUUCUUGCUGACGGGAAUUACUUGUCUAUUGGCGGCGGGUACGUUUACUUCCGGCCGUGCGGGAGAGGGGAAAGAAGACUGAUUUUAUUUGUUGUCCGCGGACGGAACAGGGACGGUAAAUAUGGCCUCUGGCUAAACGAUACGUUCGACAAGGGUCUUAGUCAACCUUGCGAGACAUUCGGUAAUGAACCGCUUAGUGAGGAAGGCGAGAAGUUUGAAGUUAUCGGGGUGGAGGUUUGGAAGGUUGGGUGA